GAGAAUGUUGGGUGAAGCAGAGUGGAGAGAUCCCCAAGACUCUGACUCAAAUGUACACACACUUCCUCAUCAUUCAGACCAACAUCAUAAGAGAGAAGUACCUUCAGAAGCAGGAAAGCGAUGAAGAAAUGCUUCUCAAACUGGGGAAACUGGCUUUCCAGCAGCUGGAGAAACAAAACCUGAUCUUCUAUGAGGAAGACCUGAGAGAGUGUGGCAUUGAUGUGACAGAAGCAGCAGUGUAUUCAGGUGUGUGUACGCAGAUCUUCAGAGAGGAGUUUGGGCUUCACCAGAGUAAAGUGUACUGCUUUGUUCAUCUGAGCAUUCAGGAACAUCUUGCAGCUUUGUAUGUGCACCUGACCUUCAUGAAGGAACAGAGAAAUGUUCUUAAACAGAAACAGGUCUGUAGGACACUUUCAGAUGUUCUUAAACAGAAUCAGGUCUGUAGGACAUUUUCAGAUGUACACAGGAGUGCUGUAGAUCAGGCUUUAAAAAGUCAGACUGGACAUCUGGAUCUUUUCCUCCGCUUUCUUCUGGGUCUCUCACUCGAGUCCAAUCAGAAACUUCUACAUAUCUUAGUAACACAGACAGGAAGUAGCUCCCAGAACAAAAAGGACAUGGUUCAGUACAUCAAGAAGAAGAUCAGUGAAGAUCUUACUGCAGAGAAAUCCAUCAAUCUGUUCCACUGUCUGAAUGAACUGGGUAAUGAUUCUCUAGUGGAGGAAAUCCAGCAGUAUCUGAAA